CGUUAUUACCCGUAACGUUGCAGUUGGAAAUGCUUCUCCCCGCCAGGCAAAUUGCCUGAAAACGCCCUGUGCCAGAGAUGAUGCAGUCUUCGGAGUGAGUGUUGGGGGGACUGAUGGUGGUUGUCGGUAGUAGCGGUGACGAUUUGGACCGACAUCUGAGGGAUUGCUCCCCACCCGACACAGUCAGUCAGAAUGUUCUAAAUGACAUUUUGGAUAUCUUGAAUAAGCCUUCUAUCCACCCCGAUACACCCAUUGAUGAGGGAGGCGCGAACCAAACCUCUGAUACGGCCGGCCUGAAUACCACUAACGCCGAGUCGUCUCCACGUAACGAUUAUAAUAACCGGAUUGAUUCGUGCUUAAGCGAAGGCUCAGGAAGGAUAGAUCCCGAGGAACUUUGCCAGAAAAAUCAGAAUGUCAUUCUCGACGUUGAUGAUGCCAUCAUCGCUCCCGAAGGCAGCAGAAGUAGGCAAGGAACAACCAAGCAUGACAGAUUGAAGUCUUCUGAUGCUUCACCCCGUCAGCAGGGACUGCCGAAAUUGCUGCCCAAGCCAACAAAAGCCAUGCCGACAUCCGAACCCCCGCCACAAAAAAAGUAUCUAUGUGGCUUAGACGGUUGCGACAAGACUUAUCCCCGCAGCAAUGGCCUGAACAGACACCAAAGGAAAUGUCACGGCACAUCUCCGGGGAAAGCUGGCCGACCCAGGAAUACCCGACGAUGAAACUUGCUGUGAGCAAUCAUCACUCCUGACGAGGUUCGGACGGUGGGAAAGUGGAUGGAUAUUGUGUGAGGGAUUCGGCGUCUUGUUGUGUAUCUUUUGU